GUUGAGUAUGGAGCUCCAGUUUGACAAUUGCUCAAUCAUGGAAUCGACUUUGCCACAAAACACCGCGACCGACGAUGUCAAGCAGAUUGGCUACGAAGAUCAUACUGAAAAAAAACGAAUGACUGAUGGAUCAUGCAACGAUGAUGUUUUCAAAUCGAUCACUGAUGCCCAUCAGAGUUUUGAUGACAAAGUCACCUUCAUAGCCGACGAUCAAGUUGAACCACAAAAUUCAAACAAUGAAAACUUAGAAGCUGAAUUAUCCAAUCCCGACACGAGGGAACCCGAGAAUGAUCAUGAAACUGCCAGUGAAGUUGCCGGCGAUAAUUUAAUCGAAAAACAUGAAGAUAAAUUGAGCGAAUCAGAAGAUUCUGCAAAGGGGAAGGAACAUAAAAUUAUUGCAAACAGUAAUAAAAGUUCCAACAUCGAUGAAAAAUUAUCUGAGAAUACGGCUGAGGAACAUUUUAAAUAUUUGAGCGAUGAAAUCGAAAAAUACCUCGACCGUCCAAAACGAGAACCAAUCAAGGGAAAAGUCUAUGAUUUUAAUAUCAAAAAACAUGGCGUUAGGAUGACAGAAGCACUAAUUAAAAAACUCUGUAAGGAGAUGAAAUUCUAUGAGACUCCAUAUCUUAAUGAUGUUUUAUAUUUACACUACAAAGGUUUCUCUUUCAUUGAAAAUUUGGAAAAUUACACUGGCUUAAAAUGUCUCUGGUUAGAAAAUAAUGGAAUAUUGGAAAUCGCUAAUCUAGAAAACCAAACUAAUCUUAGAUGCCUUUUUUUGCACAAUAAUUUGAUUAAAAAAAUCGAGAAUCUAGAGCAUUUAACAGAAUUGGACCAAUUGAAUCUUUCUCACAAUUUUAUAAAUAAGAUAGAAAAUUUAGAUCAACUAAAGAAUCUAAAUACUCUUAACAUAUCGCACAAUUAUUUGAGCAAUACUGAAGAUCUUGAGCAUUUGCGAGUUCUAGAUAGCAUUUCUAUUUUAGAUAUAUCGCACAACAAAAUAGAGACAACCGAAAUAUUGGACAUCGUAGCUGAUAUGAAGAACCUCCGAGUAUUAACAAUGACUGGAAAUCCAGUCGUCAAAUCUAUCAAGAUGUACAGAAAAAAUAUAACAUUGAAAUGUAAAAAUCUGAAACACUUGGAUGACAGACCCAUUUUUCCAAAGGACAGGGCUUGUGCAGAGGCAUGGGAACGCGGGGGGCCUAAAGAAGAAGAAGCUGAGAGGAAACGAUGGAUGGCUGCCGAACAAAAAAAAAUUAAUGAUAGCGUCAUGGCAUUAAUGAAACGUAGUCGUAUCGAAGUUGUCAGCGAUGUUUAAUGUUGUACUUAUUAUUUACAAUAAAAAUUAUCAUGAAAAAAUGAGGGCAUUAAAGAAUUUAAUGAAGUUACGAGUGAACUAUCAUUUUUACCAAAAUUUUCAAUUGCAAGGAAUAAUGUGAUUGGAAGAGCCUAACACGAACACAGCUCUUCGUUCUGAGUUGGGGUAUGCAAUUAGUAGUACCUGUUUUUGAAGUAUGUUUGUAUAGAGUUAGCGAUGGUUCAGCAAAGAAUAAUUUAUUGAAGUGAGAAAUUUGAUCGCGAGAUUCUAAAGCAUUUGGGCACUGAUAAACUCUAGUAAAUGAAAUAACGUGUGUUGGUAUGUAUCAUCAUGCUUAUUUUCUAAUUGAAAUUCUUGUAUAUCGGUGAAUAGCUGCCUAAAUAAAGUUGAAAUAUUUCAUUGUCGUUGCAAUGAUGUAUUUAUUGCAAAGCUUUUGUAAAUUCAGUUUGUAAAUUUUAAAUUGAAACUUGUUCUAUUAUUGCACAACUAUUGCACAACUAUUCUCACCCGCCCGUACAAGAUGCGUAAUACGGAUUGGUAAAAUGUAAAUUAUCAUUUAUGCGUAUCACGUUCGCUCAACGAGUGGAAAAAAGCAUCGGCUCAGUUCUCGGCUGAGUUCACUUAACGUGUUUAAUCUUUAUUCAAAAUUUCCUGUGAAUCCAAAAUGUUGAUUUUAAAAUUUUAUUUUCGAAGGCUAUUUUAUUGUUAGGCUUACAGAACUUGAACCUUGACAGCUGUCGCUACUAAUACAGAAUUUAUUUUGACCUAUGUGGACAAUCUCAAGUUGAUUACUUCGGUCUAUUGUGUACUAAAUUUUCAAUAUCACUCGUUACUAUAUCACGAGGUGGUUUUAGCUCGAAAUGAUUCCAUCAUUCAAAAUAUUGUUUUCACAAAAUCCUUGAUUUUAUCGAGCUUGUGUACAAUUUUGGAGCAUUUGAUAAAGUUUUAAUCAAGUUGAUACAGAGAAAUUACGACACAUGGUGAGCCGGUUUAAUGCAAUCUGCAUCGCCCAAACCACAAGCUAAAUUAAAUGAAAAAAAAAAAAAAAAAGGUUGACAGCGAAUUUGAAAUCAAUUGUAUGAUAUUCAUCACGAUAAUAGUUAUAUUUAUUAAAUAUUAAUUAUUACGAGUUCGAUGUGAUUGAUUGAUGUAAUGAAUUUAGUAGGUUCGUAUUAAAAAAUGUUACCAUCAGUCUCAAAAGGUUUAAUGAAAGGCAAUGAAAUGUGAAAAUUUCGCAAAACUCGUAGAUGGAUUUGAUGGAAAAAAAAUACAGUAAUCCGGGAGAGACAGUGUCGGUUUCGCAAAAGUAGUUAGCUGCACCGAGAGAGGGGGUUGAUUGAGCUUUCAUUUAUGAGUUUGGAAUAAGAGGCUCGAGUGCAGCUGCUAAUAUAAUACGUAAGGUAUAAGCUAAAUUCAAACGACAUUGCGACGAGAGACAGCAGGACGUUGGAAAAGUAUAGAAGCAGCUGGUGGCUCGCUGCUGCUUUAUUGUACGCGGCAGGGCCGAGUCUUUUAUGCAAAGGAUGCAAAGGUUGGCCGUCACGCAAUUGAAAGCUUAGCUGCUGUUGCUGCUGUAUAGCAAGUAGUAAGUAUGCGCGUGCGGUCGUGCGUCAAAACGUAGUAAUAGACUGCAUCGUGUCAAGUCGAGCUGCCUAGAUUCGAGUUGUGAUCGCAGCAGCAGCAGCAGAAGUAGUAGUCGCGCGCGCGCGCGUGUGCAUUGCCCAGUUAUUGAUCUGCUAGAGCGAUUAAACAACGCUGCACUGGCUCGCGCGGGAAUACUAUAAUGCUAACUGCACAGGUGCAGAUAUGUGCACGUGUAUAUAACGAUGCUUGCACUCGCUGCUUUGUGAGUAUAAGUACGCGAGCUACAGAAAGUGAGUG